AGGGAGGGUUUGUGCUACCACUCCACUUUUCCCUGUCCUUCCCAGAGUGGGGGGUUAUUCUUGCUGCUUUGUGGUAGGUAAACAUACCCCCAUGAAUGGAAGAGCAGCUCCCAGCAUAGCUGCCUUAGUCUGGGGUUUUCCUUAUGUCUUAGGGACUACCCCAUGCGUCAUUAACCAAGGGGAACAGUGCAGUCCAGCCUUACAAGAGGGGUAGGAAUGGUUGGGUGCCCAGAGCUGGCUCUUACUGGUUCAGGGUUCUAUCCCCCCAGUACGGUAGGUAAAUGCUGGGUGCUUGGGCAGGUUCUUGGUGCCCAGAGAAGGUGCUGAUGUAUGGGCCCUGGGUCUGGUAGAAAGCCCUUCCCUCCCCUCUCCUUGCAGCCCACCAUUUCCCAGCGCUGGGCCCUGUUUCUCUGGUCUCCUUGGUGACAAUCUCAUCUCUCCUCGGCUUCUCUCCAGCACCUGAAAAUAGCCUCCGAAAGUGGAGAUGCCUGCUCCCUUCCCUGCUGCCAGCACCCGCACUGGCCAGGCUGCAGCCAGGCUGUUCUGCACAGCACAGCUGUAAGGGCCUGGCCCCAUGAGCCCCUGCACCACUGCGGGAUUUGGGCCACUCUCUGAGCCAGCACCAAGGCCCCGGCCUCAUCCCUCUUCCUCCUGCCUGGCAGCACCAGGAAACUCCUUGUACCCUGCCAUGGGCCAGUGUCCAGCUGUCCCCUGCAGCUGCAGAGCCCUGUCCCUUUAGCCCCGUAGCCACCAACCCGGUAGUUCACCCGCAGCUGCCCCGGGGCAGCCUGACAGCCUCCUAGAAACAGAAAAUUGAGCCGGGGCAGGCAGAGGGCGAGCAGGAGGGGGUGGGCCCUCGCAAGGAAGGAGGUAGCCCCACAGGUCAGGCUGCCCCCGCCGUGGGACCAGGGUCGCUGCGGACAGUGAGCUGCAGCAGGACCCCGGGUAGGGACAGGCAGGGCUGGGCAGCAACGAGGACAAAGGGUCCGCAUCCGCCCAGCCCACGGCCGGCCCCAGCUGUUCUCCAGCAUCCCCGUGGGGAGGGGAACGUGUGCCCCCACCCGCGACGGGACGGGGCAGCACCGGGCAGGCUGGAGCACCGUUCCUGGAGGACGGAGGUGCCCGGAGUAGGGUGUCCCUUCGCUCUCUACUCCCAGCCAUCUCUCCAUCGCCCCUCCCUCGGGUCCCCAAAGUCAGCGCUGUCCCCGGGGCCGAGACCACCUACUUCAGCCCGGGGCUGCGGGGUGGCUGCGGGCGCUGCUCGGUGGUGUCGGCCGUGUCCCCCCCCCGCGGCGGUGGGGGCAUGGCUGGCAUUGCUCGCUGACACUCUAUCUGCCAGGGCCACGCCAGCCGCGGGCCCAGAAUAGCAGCGCUGCCCUGCCGAUAGCAUGGAGCGGCUCCGCGGCCCCGCCGCGUCCCAGGUGGCGCUGCUGGAUGCUGUUGCGUGCCCUGAGGAGGAAGGAUUUCCAAAGGCUGUAUGCCCCAGGGAGGAGGAAGAGGAGGAGGAAGAAUACAGGAGACCUGUCACCUUCACCCUGGGAAAUGAGAUACUGGGGCUGGGCCCAGAGACGGAGUUUCAGAACCCUGAUGCUGAGGUCUAUAUGCACUUCCUGAGGAGCCACUGCUGUUAUGAUGCCAUCCCCACCAGCUGCAAGCUCGUUGUCUUUGACAUCUCCCUGGAGCAGAUCAAGAAAGCCUUUUUAGCACUGGUGGCCAAUGGGGUGCGUGCUGCCCCUCUCUGGGACAGCAAGAAGCAGAGCUUUGUGGGGAUGCUCACCAUCACCGACUUCAUCAACAUCCUCCACCGCUACUACCGCUCACCUUUGGUUCAGAUCUACGAGGUGGAGGAGCACAAGAUUGAGACCUGGAGAGAGGUGUACCUGCAGGGCUCCCUCAAGCCAUUGGUCCACAUCUCUCCGAGCAAUAGCCUCUUCGAUGCUGUCUACUGUCUGAUCAAGCACAAAAUCCACCGCCUGCCUGUCAUUGAGCCUAUCUCAGGCAAUGUCCUGCACAUCCUGACGCACAAGCGCAUCCUCAAGUUUCUCCAGAUCUUUGGUUCUACCAUCCCCAAGCCACGCUUCCUGAAGAAAACAGUGCAAGAACUGUGCAUUGGCACUUUCCGUGAUCUGGCUGUCGUGCCUGAGACUGCCCCACUCCACACUGCCUUGGACAUUUUUGUGGAUCGCCGUGUCUCUGCCUUGCCUGUCAUCAAUGAUUCUGGGCAAGUGGUUGGCCUGUACUCGCGGUUCGAUGUCAUUCACCUAGCAGCCCAGAAGACCUACAACAACCUGGACAUCAGUGUGAGGGAGGCACUGCAGCAACGCAGUAUCUGUCUGGAGGGGGUCCUCACCUGCUACCCCCACGAACCCAUGGAGGACAUAAUUGACCGCAUUGCCAAGGAGCAGGUCCAUCGCCUGGUUCUGGUGGAUGAGAACCGGUACCCGCGGGGCAUCGUCUCCCUCUCUGACAUCCUGCAGGCCCUUGUGCUCACUCCUGCAGGUAUCGAUGCUCUUAACUCUUAGCCCACGGUGCUCCACCUUUCUCCACUUGCAUCCUCAAUUUCUCUCCACUUCAGGUAGGCGCCACCCCCCAAUGAAUGUGUGCCUGUCCUCCCCCUGCUGCUGGGUCACCUGCCUCUGCCCCAUCCAAAGUGGUGCUGGGGGAUGGAGGAGGCUGGGGAUAGGGUCUGGCUGCACUGGGUGCGCAGGUGGGGACAGCAGGACGCAGAUGCUGCUUGUCCCAGGGUGACACAAGGAUCACAGGGGAUUCCUGGUGACUGUGAGGAAGGAUGGGGUCACCUUCCAUGGAGACACUCCGCCAGAGCCCCAUUUGGGCAUGUGGAAUGCAGGUUUGGCAGAUCCCAGGGUUUUGGGGUGUGAUGCACCCCAAGACAAAAGCCUAUUUUUGAUCUUGCUUCAAUUCCCCCCCCAAGACCUGAGCACUUCCAGGGCCAUUCCCAAGGGACACAGAGAAGACAGACCCCCGCUCACACACCCCAGACAUGCUGCCCACCACUAGCCAAAAGCAAAAUGUGGACAACCCAUGGGCCCCAGCUAGCAGAGCCCCCCACCCCCUCCACUUGCAGCAGCCCCAAAACUGUCUGUUCCAGAGUCAAGCCUCACUCCCAGGUGGCACUGGAACCAGACUGCCUGGCCACCUGCAGCUGGCUCUGCUCACCCACUGCCUAGUGAAUCCUCACUGGCUGUGGGUGGGCAUGGUCCUGACACCCACUGCAGCAUCUCUUUAGGGGUGAAAUGAGGAGGGGGGAGCUGGCUCCAGUUCCCAACUGCUUCCCAAAGGCAUCGAUCGAUCCUCACUCUGAAGACACCAGGGAAAUGCCACUGUCUUGUCUGACUGGGGGAUCUCUUGCAUGACCUGUGAGAAGGAGGCUUGGGCCUGAAGGUUCUCUGUGGGGAGGACAUGCCUGUUCACCCCAGCCCUCGGGCUCGUCUUGAGUCCAGGGCUAGAUCCUGCCAGCCUUGGAGAGG